AUGCGCGGCGUCUGUCUCAAUGGCGUCGGUAACCUUUCACUUUUGGAAAACUACAAACGUGCCGGCACAAUGGAGUCCUGUUCCACAAGAAUUCAUGUCGGAUCAUUAGCGCUCUUCUUUCGCUUUGCUUCCCCCCCUCUCUCUCUCUCUCUUCUUCCUCUCACUCUCUGUUAUCACUGUUUUUCUUUUUUCUGUCUUUCCUUGUUUGUCUUUUUUCUCUUUAUCCCUCUUGCUUGUUCUUUUUCUUUCUUUCUCUUUCUCUCUCUCUCCCUGCCUGUCUGUCUCUCUUUCUCUCUCUCUCUCUCUCUCUCUCUCUCUCUUGCUCACUUUUGCCCUUUUUCUCUUUCUCUCUCUUUCUUUCUCAUUCUCUCUUUUCAGCGAGCUCUUUCUCACUCUCUCUAUUUCUCUGUGUUCCUUUUGUUUAACUUCAUAUCUAAACCUUCUUUUUCAACAUCAUUUCUCGAUCCUGUUUUUCAUUCACUCCAUUCUUCUUCUUCUCUACAAAUACUUUUUCCCUCAUACACAUAA